CAAGAGCUGAGGCUCGAGAAAGAGCGAUUUGUCAAGUACAGAGGCACCGCGCGUGUCAGGCUCGAAGUGCUUGAUUUCCAGUGGAACGAGCCAAGAGAGCUCAGUCGAAAGAAUGUCGAGAGGAUGAAGGAGAUCUUCCGAGGAGACAAGAGGUCAUAUGGGGGCAUUUGUCGGCUGGGCCCUCGAAACCAUAUUCCUGCUGUGGUUGAGCAGUCUGACCUUGACGAUGCCAUCCUCGCUUCCGAGGUAUCGGCG